UGAUAAUCUGUUUGUUUAAUGCAAAAAUGGUCACCAAAAUCAGCAAUGAGUUGCUAAGGGGGAAGUGGUAAGGUUUGGUAUUGAUCCAGAGCAAUCCCAGCUGUUGUAUAAAUUAUAAACAACAGACAAUAUUUCUUCUCAAGGGAUAAUAUUCACAAGUCUGCAUCAAAGUUUUGGUUAUAUUUCUUCUCAUUUCAACAAUAUAGCUCAUUUACUCUCCGCAGCUGUUUCCUUCCUACAAGCUAACGCAUCCCUCUAUAAUUCCUUUGCUGCUCUUCACAUCCAGUGACAAGAUUUCAACAACAAGAUGGCCUCCAUUCUCUUUGAUUGUAUUUUCCGUUGUUGUUCUUCCGAUCCAGCAGAAACAUCCCCCGACAAGGUGCCCUUCACGAUCAUUGAUCCAGCAGCAGAAACAUCCCCCGACAAGGUGCCCUUCACGAUCAUUGAUCCAGCAGAAAUAUCCUUCACGCUUACUGAUUCUAUUCAUUUUGCCUUACACCAGCUUCAUCUGCUGCUUGACACGAAGCCUUCUGACCGUGAGUAUCUUCUUCUGUUGGAGCUACUGAGAUUCAGGUUACGGAAUCUCAAAGCUUUUGUUCUUUACGCCAGAAUAUUGAGCAACGAUGCAAGUCUUGGAUCUUUCUUGGCAGAGAUUGACGAUGCUGUUCGCAGAAAUGCUGAACGGAUCAACGUUGUUCUUCCUUUAUGGGGUUAUGCUGAUAUGUUUCAAAGAUCCAUUGCAUCUUUUGAUAAAGGAAUAGAUGACUGGUCUGUCGCCCUCUUGGAUACCGCAAGACAAUCAAGUUGUCUUACGACAUAUGAAGUCUUGGAAAUCAUUGGUUCCUUUAUGGAGAAUCAAGCUGAAUUCCGGAGUUCAAUGAUCGAACACUGCGUUGAAGAUGUAGUAUAUGAAUUGGAACUUUUGGAAGAGCAGUUGACAUUCUUGCAAACACUCAUCCUUUUUAUCACGCAGAGGAAUACGGAACAAAGAGAGGAUUUGUUGGCUCAUGCUGGAACUGUUGCUAUCAAUGCUGGAUAUCUCCUACUUAAGAAUGGAGUGCACAAAUAUAAUGAAAUUCUUCAUCGUCGGUUUUAUUAUGGAAUUGAUUUCCAGGAAAGUGAGCAGUGGAAGAUUUCGACGUUGUUGCAACAGAUCAAGCCUAUUGAUCCUCGGGUCUGUAAGACUUACACUGAUGCCUUAACUACAUCAAAGUUGGCGAGGAAAUCACUUACUCUCAAUGAUGAUCAAGAUAUGGAGGAUGAAGCUUUGACAACAACGAAGAAUCUGCUUAAUUUUCUCAUCUCUUUUCUUUGGGAAGUGCUACCUAGGAAUACUUCUGCUCUAGUUCCUAUGAAGGAUCAACAGUUAGAGCUAUAUGAAGGACUCAGAUCCUUGAGAAAAAUGAUUCACAAGCAGCAGGAAAACAAAUUUGUUCUGAAAACCAAGGAAGACAUUGUAGCUGUGGUAUGCGAUGCUGGAGUCUUCAUUUUCUCAUUGUACCAAACAAAUGUACAACUGGACCUUGGGCCUCUUCCAAAGUUGUUAGAAGCAAUCAAGAUAAUUCUGGCGGACCUUGGGGAGAAAGAUGUACCAGUACCAGAGUUCAACUACUCUCCAAGCACUACCCAAUUGGCUUUUGUGGACUCACUGUUACAAAAAAUGGAGGAGCUGAUAAGUAGCAACAAUGCUGAACCGACUGCCAAGACUCAUGUGAAGACUAUCCAAGAGGAACUUGUCUUCUUAAGAUCUUUCUUGGGGGUCAUUUUGGAUUUGCAACAUGAUCAGCCGGAACUCAAGACUUUGGGGGUUCGUGUUUUGGAAGUGGCAUACCGAGUGGAGGACUCUAUCGACUCCCUCAUGGUUGGUAAUAUUCCGGAUUCUCUAUCAACUUCAUUUGACUCUAUCAUGGAAGAAAUCAUCAAUAUUAAGUCAGAAGCCAAAGCCAAAACACCAGAAUUUAAAUCCAAGAGAAAAGAAAUCAAAGUGAAGAAAGUAAUCAGGACUCACAGUCACGUGCAACCAAAGAUUGCAUCGAUGACCAAAGAUGUAGUGGGCUUCCAUGAUGAGGCAAAAUCAAUUGCUAAUAGAGUCUUGAGAGGAUUAAAAAAGUUGCAGGUCGUGACCAUUGUUGGUAUGCCUGGAUUAGGCAAAACUACUCUGGCUGAAAAAGUUUACAAUGACCCUUCUAUGUUGCAUCGCUUUUCUGCCCGUGCAUUCACCACCGUUUCGCAAGCAGUUGACAAGAAGAGAGUCCUAAUUGACAUAUUGAAACAAGUUGCUCCGGAAAGAUAUUCUCAUGUCAGUUCUGAGUCGACUGCAGCUGAUGUAGCAGACCAGGUGAGGCGCAGUCUGAAGGGAAGGCCAUAUCUCGUCGUCUUGGAUGAUUUAUGGGAAGCUGAAGCAUGGGAGUGCUUGCAAGAAUCAUUCCCGGAUGAUUCUUUGGGGAGUAGAAUUAUAGUUACAAGUCGCUGCCAUGAUGUUGCUCCUCUUGAUAUGCUCGAUGGAAAACCAUUUGAGCUAGGCCAACUUACCGAAGAAGAGAGCCUGGAUUUAUUGCAAAGAAACUUACAUGGCGGAGAUUUCAGACCCAAUGAAUUAGGGGAUCUCGCUAUCCAAUUUGCUGAAAUAUGCAAUGGAGUACCUCUCACAAUUCUUAUUGUUGCAGGAAUUCUAAAAUCCACAAGUCCAGAGGAUUGGGAGCAAAUUCUGGCCAGUUUAAGCAGAGGCAAUUUAUUAGACCGCUGCAAGGACACACUGGAGCUCAGUUACAGUCAUCUACCAGAACGUUUGAAGCGAUGCUUCCUCUAUCUCGCGGCAUUUCAAGAAGAUGAGAAGGUCUCGGCGACGAAGUUGCUUCAUUUAUGGAUGGCUGAAGGGUUCAUUCAGAAAGUUGAGAUGAAGCGCCUUUCAGAUGUUGCUGAAGAGUAUCUCAAUGAUUUAAUUGGCAGAAGCUUACUUAUGGUUGCUGAACGAAAAUUUGACGGCAGAGUGAAAACAUGCCGCGUCCAUGAUUUGCUUCAUGAGCUUUGUUCCCAAAAAGCCAAAGAUGAUCAGUUCUUCUAUUUCCUUGAAGGAGGCUAUGAAGAGUUGUCAGCAUUUAAUGAGCCACGCUAUCUACGAAGAUUAUGCAUUCACUCUAGUGCAAAGCAUUUUGUAGAGUCAAAAAUAUCUUGCUCUCGUGUCCGUUCUCUGCGUUUCAAGCAUUAUGAGGAAUCAAGGACGCGAAAUUUCUCAUUCAUGCACAUGUGCAGACUUCUGAGAGUGUUGGAUUUGGAGCAAGUUUGCUUGGCUGGUGAAAUUCCAAACGAAAUCGGGCUCCUUGUUUGGUUGGCCUACCUUGCAAUUCGAUACCAGUACGAGGGCAUCCCACCCUCGGUAGGUAACCUCUCUAAUCUAGAAACUUUUAUUGUUCAUAAAGAAUUCGAAAGUGUCAUUUCACUGGCAGAUAGUUUCUGGAAUUUACGGAAACUAAAGCAUUUUUACGUAAGGAGAGCUUCUGCUGUGUUGCCCCUGGAGAAUCUUGACAACUCUCCUGACUUAUAUGAGUUGGAUAAGAUUUGUGGUCUGAUGUUACCUCUUGACUGCAACAUGGAAAGAGUAAUGAGAAAGUUUCCAAACAUCCGUAAGUUGAGAUGCGAGCUUUGCGGAUUCCACAAUCAUGGAGGAAAUCUUGUCCAGGUUGUAAUCCCUGACUUCUUGAGUCAACUAGUAUCACUUUAUUUGCUAGUGGAUAAGGAUGAAAUACCUGAACAUAUGAGGUUUGAUAUUAGUUUACCUGCAAAUCUGAAGAAAUUGACACUAUGGGGUUUUCAUUUGUCUGAGAGGAGUCCUUCUAGCAUUGGUAGACUGCCAAACCUCGAAAUCCUCGAGUUAAUAAGUGUUGAAUUCGAAGGCAAUACAUGGAGAAUGGAGGAAGAAGAAUUCUCCAAACUAAGAUACUUGAAGUUGGAUUUCUCAUCGCUUCGCACUUGGAGUGGUUCUGAUGACCAAUUUGGGUGUCUUGAGAAGUUAAAAUUGAGUUAUUGUCUGGAUUUGGAGGAGAUACCUUCCUGUCUAGAAAGCAUUACGAUGCUUCAAAUGAUCAAGGUAAAGAGUUGUCAUAAAGCUGUUGAAGAGUCGGUGGAGAAGAUUGAGGAAGUACAGGCGGAGUAUGGGAAUUCAGAUCUGAAUGUUUUUAUUCGAUGAGUUUCUGCACCACUUUAUGGUGGAUAUUGAAA